ACAUGGAGGAAGGAGGGAGAAUGUUCACAAAACAGCUGCUCAUGUGACAGGGGAUCAUUUACAGCCAUCCUCAGUUUCCAAACAUGCACGGAACAGCAGCAAUGGACAUUCCAGGUUGUUGGAACAGCGCCCAAGUACAUCCAGACAGUUGUUUUCUAUUGCAUUUUUUUCUUCUUAUUAGGGGCGCGGGUGUGCUGUGGCCAAUUCUAGCUGACUUUUGGUGAGAGACGAGGGGGGACACCAGCCGGUCAACAUCGGGGCAUUCACGCUCCCAUUUACAAUUUGGACAAUUGUGAGUCGUCAAUGAAGCUAACAUGCAAGUUUUUGGAAUGUGGGAUUAAAAACUCAGAGAAGCACAAAGGAAACGAAUCGAAUCUCUUAUCGAUUGUCACUGGGUGACGGAAUGAAAUUCGAUGAUGGCAUCAAUUCAUAUGUCCAUGUACUGUUUGCAAUCAGUUUUAAACAAACCGCAAUGACUUGAUUGACACCAAUUUCCAGUGCUUAAAACAAGGCACGCAUGGCUUUUGAGUGAACAAAGCGAGCGGUUCAGCAGCUGUCUCACAAGACAAACGAGUCCGAUAAGCGCCAGGUGUUGAGUGCCACCAGGACACGCCUAGUGCAAAUCAGGAAGAGGUUUUGCUCCAUUAAUUUGCUACUUCAUGUCAAAUGAAGCAGAUCGACAGGAUUAAAAAAAGCAACUCAGGAGGACACCAAAGCUGCAGAACUGAGUCCAUCUGGGAUGACGCGAUUUCUGCUGUCCAGAGGUUCUGUUUCACAAAUGACAUGGCAUUUGUACAACAAGUGCGGAUAUCUAAGGACCCUCAACUGUUGCCCAAUCGGGUUGUCUCUGAGCUGCAGUCUGUCAGUGUUAUCAAAAAUCUUCUGGCCAUAGGCGUGUCGAGCAUCAUGUACCUUCGAGGACUUUUUCCAGAAAGAGCCUACGAGAGCAAAUAUUUUGAAGAUCAGAAAGUGAUGAUCCUCAGGGAGGAGCGCAGUUGUCCUGGCGCCUGUCAGAUUGUUGAAUGGAUAACUGGAUGCUUUGACGCCAUUCAAAUGAAAUACCUGCGGACUAUCAUUAUGUCUGUCUCCACUGACCCUGACGACCCACAGAAGGUGACAGAGUUUUAUCAAUUCAGGAUUCACUACAACACAGAAGGGGCACAGAUGAACUUUGGGAGGAGCUCUCCUUCCAUCAGCCCCCCAAACGAGGAUUUUGCCAUUGCGGUUGGCAGCACAAAGAAGGCUAGCAUCUUGCUGGUGAGGAAGCUCUACAUCCUAAUGCAGAACCUUGGCCCUCUGCCCAACAAAAUCUUCCUCAACAUGACGCUGACUUACUACGAUGAAGUCACUCCGCACAACUACCAGCCACCGGGCUUCAAGGAGGCUGAUGGCGACAUACUAGUGUUUGAGCGCGAGCCGGUUAGUCUGACCCUGGGAGAGGUGUUCACGCCUUUCCACUCGCUCAAGGUGAACAUGGCCACCGAGAGACACAGGCUGGAGCCGGUGGAGGAGGGCACUGGAAGGAGAAAUAGAUGGUUUCUUCGGGUCAAACGUGACGGGAGCCUAUCACAGAGGUCUGAGAUUGAAGAUGUGGACGACACGUCCCAAAAUAACUGCACGGACAUCAAAGCACAAGAGAUUGAUCUGAGCUCCCAUGAGAAGAUGGGCAAAACGAUGGAGGCUGUUAUGCUGAAGAGGCCAUCCGACAUGGAGGUGUCCACCAUGACCACCAGGAGCGGACGCAUCAUACAACACUCUACGCAACAGACAAAACGAACAAUGAACACGAGGAAGCAAGCUGCCGCGAAGAACAAUACGGUUUGUUGGUACGACAUCCCCAGCAGUCAGGAGACAGUUCUGAAGAAACGCAAGUUCAGCGAGUCCAAAGAGAGUCCGUGAGCCACCAAACACCACACACACACACACACACACACACACACACACACUUGCCUCCUUUUUAGGUUUGUCAAUGGUCACCUGGGAGGUUCUUUAAAAUACCGCAUGAUAACUUCAUUGUUUCAACGGCACAUUGUUCGAAGUUCGAAGAGUUUGUUUUCUGGUUUAAUCUUGUUGUAAUAGUGUGCAAUCUCCCUUUUGUUGUUGUACCAUUUUUAAUGUUGACCAAACAAGUUUGACUUGUGCAGAUUAAAACUGGAGGCUGUAAGAAAAGACACAAGUGGAAAGGGUU